AGUAAAUGCGGUACUUUUGUUCGGCUGACCACAACAACAGGCGCAAUGCAAAAUGUGCGCUGUGGUAUUUAUUUAUGAUUUGAUCUUGUCAAGACUUCAACUUAACUUCUGUUUUUCUUGACCUAACAUAUUCACGGUGUUGGUGACACGAUAUCAGACACGUAUGCUCUCUAACAUCAAUCUGCUCUUCAUCACUCCUCCUUUUCCUCUCCUUGGUGGCCCUGGUCGUCUCAUCCGUCUCCUUUCCCGCUUUCCAUUAGUCUUUUCAACUCCCCCUUGGUUCUCACUCAGAUCCCUCCCUGCUGCCACCGAGCAGCCUGAAGGCAGAGUCAGCGUUGGAAGGCGAAGUUUGGUGCAGGGGAGGAGGAGGAGGCCACUUUAUUCCUUAAGACCUGCACCAUCCAAUGAUAUCCAACAGAAAAUGCAUUUAAAGCGCAGCAGACGUCAUGGAGGAACCCCAGAGAAAAAAGAGUCAGCGACAUGAAGGCACCAAGCACAGAAAGGUCAGGUUCAAGCUGGCGUCGUCCUACAGCGGCCGGGUCCUGAAGCACGUGUACGAGGACGGGCAGGAGCUGGACAGCCCUGAGGAGAAGUACCCUCACAGCUUCCUCCCGCACGGCAAGAUAGCGCCGAGCCACCUGGAGAUGGAGCAGCGGUGCGGCUUUGAGGAGUCUUCAUCGGAACGGCAGGGUGGGGAGCCUCCAACCGGGCUCAUUGCCCAGAGAAUCAACGUGUACAGAGGCAUAGGAGGCGGCUACAAGGCUGCUGCGGGCCACACCAACCAAACAGAUGGAGACCCGAAAUCGGUGUUGGACUUCGGAAAGAUCAUCAUCUACACCAGCAACCUGCGAAUCGUACGAGCACCUGCGAGGAAGGCCGACGUUGUACGCCACGGGACGGCGCCCCCCGCGUCUCCGGAGGUUUAUCCGCAGGCCCGUGAGCGUGGCAGCAGGAGGCGUGCGAAGGAGGCAGAGCGCAAAGCAACCUCACAGGCGCAGGAGCCGGUGGGCUGCCAGCUCUGCGGCGGCUCGGGCUGCACACCGUGCUCGCUGUGUCACGGCAGCAAGCUGUCCAUGCUGGCCAACCGCUUCAACGAGUCCAUCAGCGAGCUGCGCUGCCAGGCUUGCUACCCUCACGGCCUGGAGAGGUGCCAGGCUUGCGCCGGCAAGUCGCCAUUUUUGCCCACCGCUCGUACCCGGCAGGGAAGGGGAGGGCCCGCCAGCCAGUAAAUGGAAGUGUUUGACGCUCGAGUGUGAGUCCAGACGACACUGUUGCCUAAUCCCAAAUGUUCAUGGCGGGGGUUCAAACGCAAGACAUGCCUGU